CAGUCAUCUUUUUUCUAUCCCUUACUAUUUUAUCCAACCUAAAAACCCCACUUUUCAAGCCAUGGCUCCUAUUUCAACCAUUCCUGCGGGCUUUGACAGCCGGCGUGCUGCCACCGAGUACAUCGAGAGCGAGAUUAAGAAGCGCAUCAUGUUUCUCGACGGUGCAAUGGGCACACAGAUCCAGGACCUCCGUCUGUCCGAGGAGGACUUCCGCGCUGAGCGGUUCAAGGACCACGCGCAUGACCUGAAGGGCAACAACGACCUGCUUGUCCUGACACAGUCCAAGGCGAUCUACGGCAUCCACCGCAACUACCUUCUGGCAGGGGCCGACUUCAUCGAGACGAACACGUUCUCCGGCACCACCAUUGCGCAAGCCGACUAUGGAAUGGAGCAUGUAGUGUACGAGCUCAACAAGGUUGCGGCAGAGAUUGCGCGCCAGGCCUGUGCUGAUAUGCUGAAGGAGACCCCCGAUCGCCCGCGGUUCGUAUGCGGCGCCAUUGGCCCGACCAACCGCACGUGCUCGAUCUCGCCGUCAGUGGAGAACCCCAGCUACCGCAACGUUACGUUUGACCAGCUCGUCGAGGCAUACACGGAGCAGAUCCGCGGCCUGCUGGACGGCGGCUCGGACGUGAUCCUGGUGGAGACCAUUUUCGAUACGCUCAAUGCAAAGGCAGCGCUGUUUGCAGUGGACACCCUGUUCGAAGACGGCAUCUAUGAGCGCGUGCCAGUGUUCAUUUCGGGCACUAUUGUCGACCAGUCGGGCCGCACACUGUCCGGGCAGACCGGCGAGGCAUUCAUCACCAGUGUCUCCCACGCCGAGCCGCUGGCAAUAGGCCUUAACUGUGCGCUGGGGGCCAACCAGAUGCGGCCGUUCAUCCAGGCCAUUUCCAACUUUACCUCGUCCAACGUCAUCUGCUACCCGAACGCAGGCCUGCCCAACACUUUUGGCGAGUACGAUGAGUCGCCCGAGACCAUGGCCGAAAACGUCAGCGUGUUUGCGCGCGAGGGCCUGGUCAACAUUCUCGGCGGUUGCUGCGGCACCACGCCAGCCCAUAUCAAGGCCAUCUACGAGGCGUGCAAGGACUUCAAACCCCGUGUGGCCCCCGCCGACAUCCGCAAGAGCAAAAUGAUUCUCAGCGGCCUCGAGCCCCUGAUUUACGACGAGAACAGCAACUUCCUGAACGUCGGUGAGCGCUGCAACGUCGCUGGCUCGCGCAAGUUUGCGCGGCACAUCAUCAACGAUGAGUACGAGGAGGCACUGGCUAUUGCGCGUGCGCAGGUCGAGAACGGUGGCCAGGUGAUUGACGUCAACAUGGAUGAGGGCAUGCUGGACGGCGUUGCAGCCAUGACCAAGUUCCUGAACCUGAUUUCGACUGAGCCCGAUGUGGCCAAGGUGCCGCUGAUGGUCGACUCGUCCAACUUUGCUGUGGUCGAGGCUGGCCUCAAGUGUGCCCAGGGCAAGUGCAUUGUCAACAGUAUCAGCUUGAAGGAAGGCGUCGACGAUUUCCUGAAGAAGGCACGUCUGAUCAAGCGCUAUGGUGCUGCUGUGGUCGUCAUGGCGUUUGACGAAGAGGGCCAGGCCGUCACCCGUGAACACAAGUUUGCUGUCUGCGAGCGCUCAUACCGGCUGCUGGUCGACAAGGUUGGCUUCAAUCCGCAGGACAUCAUCUUCGACCCGAACAUCCUGACCAUCUGUACCGGUAUGGAGGAGCACAACAACUACGGUGUCGAGUUCAUCGCGGCCACCAACGACAUCCACACCAGGCUCCCUGGUGCCAAGAUCUCUGGAGGUGUCUCCAACCUGUCGUUCUCGUUCCGUGGCAAGGAGACCAUCCGGCAAGCUAUGCACUCGGUGUUCCUGUACCAUGCCAUCAAGGCCGGUAUGGACAUGGGCAUUGUCAACCCUGGCUUCCUGACCAUCUACGACGAGAUCCCCAAGGACCUGCUGGAGAUUUGUGAGAAUGCUCUGUGGAACCGCGACCCGGAGUCCACCGAGAAGCUGCUAGAGUACGCCCAGACCCACGGCAAGGAUGCCACCGCCAAGACCGACCUGGAGGAGUGGCGUCAGCUGCCCGUGCGCGACCGCCUGAAGCACGCCUUGGUCAAGGGCAUCACCAAGUAUGUUGUGGAAGAUACUGAGGAGGCGCGCCUGGACAAGGAUAGCUACCCGCGUCCGCUCAAUGUCAUCGAGGGCCCGCUUAUGGACGGCAUGAGCGUUGUCGGCGAUCUUUUUGGUGCUGGCAAGAUGUUCCUGCCGCAGGUUAUCAAGUCUGCGCGUGUGAUGAAGAAGGCAGUUGCUCACCUCAUUCCAUUCAUGGAGGAGGAGCGUCUGGCCCGACUGAAGGAGUCUGGGCUCGACGACGCAGCCAAUGACGACGACAUCUACAACGGCACAGUGGUUCUGGCUACCGUCAAGGGAGACGUGCAUGAUAUUGGCAAGAACAUCGUCGGCGUCGUGCUUGGCUGCAACAAUUACAAGGUCAUUGAUCUGGGCGUCAUGACUCCCUGCGAGACCAUCAUCCAGACCGUUAUCAAGGAGAAGGCUGAUGUUGUCGGACUGUCUGGCCUUAUCACACCGUCCCUGGACGAGAUGAUCCAUGUGGCUAAGGAGAUGGAGCGCGCGGGACUCAAGACCCCGCUGCUGAUCGGUGGCGCAACCACGUCCAAGACCCACACAGCUGUCAAGAUCUCGCCGCGCUACAAGGAGCCCGUGGUCCAUGUGCUCGACGCCUCCCGCACUGUGGUCGUCGUGUCGAACCUGCUUGACGCAGAGCUGCGCGAGGAUUUCGCUGCCGACAUCAACGACGAAUAUGAGGAGGUGCGCGAUGACCACUACGACUCGCUCAAGGACCGCCGCUACUUGAGCCUGGUAGAGGCGCGUAACAAGGCCUUGAAGAUUGACUGGCAUACGUCCGAGAACCAGCCGCCCAAGCCCAACAUGGUUGGUACCAAGGUGUACGAGGACUACGACCUGAGCCAAGUCCUGCCGUACAUUGACUGGAAUCCGUUCUUCCAGGUCUGGCAGCUGCGCGGCAAGUAUCCGAACCGCGGCUACCCGAAGCUCUUCAACGAUGCCACUGUUGGCGAGGAGGCCCGCCGCUUAUUCGACGAGGCCCAAGUGAUGCUCAAGGAUCUUCUUGAUAACCGCCGCAUUCGCGCUUCAGCCACUGUCAGUAUUCUGCCGGCCAACGCGCGCGGCGACGAUAUCGUUGUUUACUCUGACGAGUCGCGUACCAAUGUGGCUGGCACGUACUACGGCUUGCGCCAGCAGGCCGAGAAGGACAAGGAGAGCUCGGACCCGUACAUGUGUCUGUCUGACUUCAUCGCGCCCGAGACCACCGGAAUCCCCGACUACAUUGGCAGCAUUGCCGCGUCGGCCGGUUUUGGUGUCGACGAGCUGGCCGCCAAGUACGAAGCUGAGCAGGACGACUACUCGGCAAUCAUGGUCAAGGCGCUGGCUGACCGUCUGGCUGAGGCCAUGACCGAGAAGCUGCACCAGGACAUGCGUCGCGAGCUGUGGGGCUUUGCGCCGAAUGAGUCUCUUGACACCCAGGACCUGCUGAGCAUCAAGUACCAGGGAAUCCGCCCAGCUCCUGGAUACCCGAGCCAGCCGGAUCAUCUGGAGAAGCGCACCAUGUGGGAGCUCGGCAAUAUCGAGAAGACUACCGGUAUUGAGCUGACCGAGAGCCUGAUGAUGCAUCCCGGUGCGUCGGUGUGCUCGCUGGUGUUUGCUCAUCCCAAGUCGUCGUACUUUGCUGUGGGCAAGAUCACCAAGGAGCAGGUCGAUGAAUACGCUGCCCGCAAGAACAUCACAGUCGAGGACGUCGAGACGUGGCUACGCCCGAUCCUGUCGUACGAUCUUUAAAAUGCUUUAGAUACACUUUGCCAAUUGGAUGAGAGUUUUGCCUAGUGCCUGAGCAUCCUGUAUAUGCUGGCAGAAAACAUCAGUGUUCAAAUUUAG